UGGGCCUGAUGGGAGCUACCGGCUGGAGCAUUUUUCGCUCAUUUCGGUCGUGAAUUUCCUAUCUGACCCUAACGGUAAAAAUAAGGCAGUCAGUGCUUACUGAUAUUUUGUAAAUGUUAUAAAGAACGAAAAUAUUGUUCGGCUGGUAUGUGUUUGGAGGAAAGCGUAUUUUACUGAGGGGCUCUUUCGAGUCUUUGUAAGCUUGAGACGGGGCUGUCGAUAAUCCGGAAACGCCGAGGCCAGAAACCCCUCCCCGCCGCUGAGUAGCCAUAUUGGAGUCGCGGUGGAAAUGGACAGGAACCUGGAGGUGCUGUCGCCGUAUCUGUAGCCGACUUUCCCGGGAUCCCUGAAAGACUCCCCGUCGAUAUAAGGAGAGCAUACGCUCGCGUAGCUUUAGCAGCCAGUCACCGGGGCGCAGUGAGAGAUGAGCAACAACAGUAAUAAGAGAGCACCAACGACAGCAACACAAAGAUUAAAACAGGACUACCUUCGAAUAAAGAAAGACCCUGUGCCUUACAUUUGUGCAGAACCUCUCCCCUCUAAUAUUUUGGAAUGGCACUAUGUUGUUCGAGGGCCAGAAAAAACCCCUUAUGAAGGUGGAUAUUAUCACGGCAAACUCAUAUUCCCACGAGAAUUUCCCUUUAAGCCUCCUAGUAUUUAUAUGAUAACACCAAAUGGGAGAUUUAAGUGCAACACAAGAUUAUGUCUCUCCAUUACAGACUUCCAUCCUGACACAUGGAACCCUGCUUGGUCGGUUUCUACCAUACUGACCGGGCUCUUAAGCUUUAUGGUAGAGAAAGGUCCUACACUGGGCAGCAUUGAAACUUCAGACUUCACUAAGAGGCAGCUCGCUGCCCAAAGCUUGGCUUUCAACCUCAAAGACAAAGUUUUCUGUGAGCUGUUUCCGGAUGUUGUUGAAGAGAUCAAGCAGAACCAGAAAGCCCAGGAGGAGUUAAGCUCGCGACCGCAAGCUCUGCCCCUCCCUGACGUGGUACCCGAUGGGGAGGCCCACAACGUGCAGAACGGCUUCCCAGGCCUCAAUGGGCAUUUGCCCCCAGCUGCUGGCGCCAUCAACCCUCCUGGCCUCCAGCAAGCCAAUCGCAAUCACGGACUCCUUGGCGGAGCGCUGGCAAACUUGUUUGUCAUAGUGGGCUUUGCGGCCUUUGCCUACACAGUCAAGUAUGUACUGCGGAGCAUAGCGCAGGAGUGAGAGAAGACCAAAACUGAGGGGCUGUCUCAUUGCCCCAAAUUGAACGAUAAAAACAAACCGACCAACAAGGGAGAGGGUGGAACUGUGAGACUCAAGGGAGGAGGGCACUUGUAUGUGGGUGGGCGGUGGGAGAUCUUUGAGUUCAUUUGAAUGCUGCCCAGAUGAGGAACUAACAGGCUGGCUCAUGGCUAUUCAGAACACGUCUGAUAUGAUUUGUCACCAGUGAUAUCUUGGCUUUGCUCAUAAGUAAAGAAAAAAAGUGAAGGUUUCCUUCAUGCUACACCCCACCAGCUCCAAAUUACAGCAGAAAUUUGUGUAAUUUAUUUCACGUGUUGUACAGAAAGCGAAAGAAAACAGGUGCGUAAAGGUUGUUGAUCAAGCUUGCUGUGCAGCCUCAGUUUUGUCAGCAUUUCACUUGAAUCAGGGAUUUGUGGUCGCCAUCUUUGUAACUACCACCCUCUAGUGUCCUGCAAGAUGGGAGUUUGAAUAAUUUUUUUUAAACCAUUCUGCACUCAGAGGAUUUUCUGCCCCACUUUUUGUAGAUUUAGUAAACUUGGAUUAAAAACAGACUACCAACACAAGCUCAAUUGCAAAAAAAAAUAAAAAAAUUCUAUGCAUCACUGUACACUGAAUAGCCGAAAUAAGAUAGGAACAGCCUGUCUGCCUGACUAAGAUUCCCAUCUAGUACACAGUGUUCUCUUUUUGCCCAUGAUGCAACCUGUAAAAUAAAUCCGAGCGACAACUUUUGGGUUAGCCGGGGCGUAAAUAAAGGCUAAUUUUCAAAUACACACAAGGCAGAACACUAUUGCAGUAGCCCAUGUUGCCUGAAAAUCUGUACUGGGAAAAUUCCAUUAUGGCCACCCCAAGUAAGAUGAAGUAUUUUUAAAUAGGAAUUGAACAGACUUACUGUAAAAGGCACUUUUAGAUACUGUACAACCCUAAAUGCAGAUUACCAUACACAGAUAAAGUGUGCAAUCUGUGUUCUCCAGAAAUUCGCUUUUGUUUCAUUUUAGUAAACAAUGCUUGACACAGAUGCGUUAGUGUUCGAGUAUUUUAAGGUGUAAAUCUUUGUGCAAUAUUUGUUGGUGGUUUCAAAUAAAUAUUCAUACAAUUCUGGUGUCUUCUA